AUGGAUCCGGAAGAGCUGACGCCUGUCUGUACCGGCUGCGCGGAAGCGAUUUGUGCUGGCAAUGCUUCAGCUGCGGUUGUACCGAGUGAAAGUGAAGGGUCAAAUGUUGCGACGCCAGGCGUGGCGGAAACCGAGUCGAACGAGUCUCUUCGAUGGUCGGACCAGCUCCAGAUUCUGGCUAGCAUGAAAUUUGCGAAUGAGACGCGCAGCUUGGCUCUGUUGACGCAGCACGAAGGCGACAUGGAAGCUGUGAUCACGGACUUGCUGAGCUGA